UGUGCAAGCACUUGACCACGCCCCUUGAGUGUUCAUUUGCAUACCCGCUGUCCUCUAAUGUAACCGUCCACGCGGUACCGGCCACCCGCUGCCGUUGUAGGUAUAUCGACAAUUUCGUGCGACCCGCGUGUGAAGUGCACCAUGCCGCCUGCAAAAGUUCCUGACACCCCAGUGGAACACAUUGUGGAUCUCUUAGAAAAAGCCAAAAAAUUAGCUGAAGGAAAUGGCAGCAUCCCAGAGGAGCUGAAAAGUUACUUGCAGAAGGCUCUGGACAUUGCCAGCGGACUGGAUGACUACCUGGAAAGAAUGACCACCCAAGAAAGUGAACCUCUGGCAGAGCUCUAUAAGAAAACAGUGUCUCAUGACUGGGAACAAGCACAUAAGGAGGGCAAGACUAUAUUCAAACUUCCAAAGGAGUGUGUCACUGGACACGUUGAAGGCCAAACUCUGAAGAUGCUGGUCCACAUGAGUCAAGCCAAGAGAGUCCUCGAGAUAGGGAUGUUCACCGGCUAUGGAGCUCUGUCCAUGGCCGAGGGGCUUCCCGAGGAUGGCUGCCUGGUUGCCUGCGAGUUGGAACCAUACCUCAAAGAAUUUGCCCAGCCCAUUUUUGACAAGUCUCCACAUGGCAAGAAGAUUAUUGUCAAGAUUGGUUCUGCCAUGGAUACCCUGAAGGAGCUGGCUGCUGCAGGUGAGCAGUUCGACAUGGUCUUCAUUGAUGCAGACAAGAAUAAUUACAUCAACUACUACAACUACAUCCUGGACAACAAUCUCCUGAGGCUGCAAGGGGUCAUAUGUGUGGAUAACACACUUUUCAAGGGCAAAGUUUAUCUCAAAGACACCACAGAUGAGAAUGGACUGGCAUUACGACAGUUCAACCAGUUUGUCUCCGACGAUCCACGUGUGGAGCAGGUCAUCGUCCCCCUUAGGGAUGGCCUCAGUAUCAUCCGACGAGUACCCGUGGCUUCUGCGUGCUCCAGUGUGCUGGGUAAAAUAACAGAUGAUGAGGUUUUCCGCGGUGUCGGUGGGCAUCUAAUCCUGGAUCGAAUGCAUCUCGGUGGCAAGGUGGCUUAUGUGACAGGCGCUGGGCAGGGCAUAGGCCGAGCAUUCGCUCACGCCCUGGGCGAGGCUGGAGCAAAGGUGGCCGUGGUGGACAUGGACCAAGUGAAGGCCGCAGCUGUGGUUACGGAGCUCUCUCUCAAAGGAAUCCUUGCUUUUCCGAUUGCCGCUGACGUAAGCAAACCUGAAGACGUCCAGAGGAUGAUUGACAGCAUUGUCUCCAAAUGGGGAGUGAUCCACAUUGCUUGUAAUAAUGCCGGCAUCAACAUGAAUUCAAACAGUGAGGACACCAGCCUUGAGGAGUGGGACCAAACCUUUAACGUCAACCUGAGGGGGACUUUUAUGUGCUGUCAGGCAGCAGGUCGGGUGAUGCUGAAGCAAGGAUACGGCAAAAUUAUCAACACAGCCUCUAUGGCCAGUCUAAUAGUUCCCCAUCCACAGAAGCAGCUCUCCUAUAACACCUCCAAGGCCGGAGUGGUCAAACUGACUCAGACACUGGGAACCGAAUGGAUUGACAGAGGAGUGCGUGUCAACUGCAUCUCACCGGGGAUUGUUGACACCCCUCUCAUCCACUCGGAGAGUCUGAGGCCUCUGGUGCAGCGCUGGCUGUCAGAUAUCCCUGCUGGUAGACUGGCUCAAGUGACAGACCUGCAAGCCGCAGUGGUCUACUUGGCAUCUGACGCCUCCGACUACAUGACAGGGCAUAACUUAGUCAUAGAGGGUGGGCAAAGUUUGUGGUAAAGAGGGGGUCGAUGGAGAGAAGAAACUUUUUCUCUCUCUCCGCUCUCCUGGGAUUACUCUUGGGAAUAGAUAGCACCCAGGUUAUCUCCCUUCCAUUCGUUCACACGGGAAUAUUUGGUCAAAUACUGCUACUUGAAAGGAGAGUAAUAACUUUUGGUCAUUUAACUCCACAAUCAACUUAACAUGGUUUGAUAGAAGCAUUGGUAGCUUUUUGCCCUUUGUGUUCAAUUUAUAUGGAAUCCCUUUGAAACACUGUGUUUAUGUUUAGUGGACAAAAACAACGAAAAGAGGCCAAACUGCAACCAGUCUUCUUGUCACACAAAUUAAAGUUUAUUGCUGACCCAAGCAUCGUCCUGAACGCCGUCCUGUAGGCAGAAAAGGAAAACGGCGAACUGUGCCUUUACACUGGCCCAGUUUGUUUUGUCAAGAUUGUGCCCUUACAUCUGCUCGAUGAUUUCUUGACAUUUUUUUACACUUUGAGAACAGAUUUUUUUUUUUUUACAAUUGCUCUGCUGAAUGUAUCUGUUAGUGGCCCUUCUCAAAAACACUGAAAGAAUCAGGCCUUUUUAUCAUAUCUAUUUCAAAAGUGCAGAGUGCACUUGAGAAGGAGUGACUGUUCAAUAUUUUGAUGCAAUAAGUGGAGCCUCUCUCACAUUGUGCCUGAGUAUAUACUGUAAGUGAUUUUACGUAACUAAAUAAAAUGGCAGAUCUAA